GGGCAGUCGAUCUCAAACGACGCCGCUGUACUGGAUUGUUCUGUACUUGAUAGUUUAUCACUUUAUCUUGUAAAGUCUCUCUCAGAGUAUUUCCCAAUCCGAAAAAUUAGGGUUUUUUUUCAGACUUCACUUGAACCCGCUCGUAAUCCAAGGCACUAGGAGCUUAACAAUGGCGGCGGAACCCAAGGCAGCGACUGAGGACGCGAAGGUCGAUUUGUUCGAGGACGACGAUGAGUUUGAAGAGUUCGAAAUCAAUGAAGAGUGGGAGGAACAGGAGGAAGGGAAAGAUGUGACACAGCAGUGGGAAGAUGAUUGGGAUGAUGAUGAUGUUAAUGAUGACUUCUCUCUUCAGCUGAGGAGGGAACUGGAGGACAAUACUGAGAAGAAGAGCUAGGCUAGAAUUUUAGACUCAUCGUUUUCACUUGAUUGUAUUCUCUGCAGCUGAUCAGUUCUAGAUGCUCUUUCCUAUCUUAAUGUAUCAACAUUGCUCAAAGCUCCAUAUGAAAUUCAAUUGGACAUGGAAGCAUAUGGCCAUUUGCACUAUAUUUCUGUAUGAAAUCUUUUGGUUGAUAUAAAUUGGGAACUUUACCCCUCAA